AUGAGGAGGUGCUGCUUUCUACUCGCCACUUGGCUCUCCGCUUUCCACCACGACGUCGCCAUUGCAUUUUCCCAAGCGACGGCCCCUUUAGUCUCGAAGAAUGGCAACGCGCACGCUGCCGAAGACUCUAAGUUUAAAGAAAACCGAAGGCCGUUCUUACUACACACGGCCGCAAUGAUUUCGGGUCUUUGGCUUUCGAACGAACCCGCACUAGCGAAGGACGACGUCUUUCGAGGCAACCCCCUCACUAAUUCAGUACUCGAGAAAAUACGCAUUUGGGAGCAAGCUGAGGCGGACGACUUGAAAUAUGGCGGAGAACUUGAACGAGGAGACGCCGGGAACAAAGGCAAAGUGGAAGCGUACCCUCGUCUGCUCGUUCCUAUUCUGCAAAUGGCAAACGAACUCGACGAGGUUGAACGGAUAUGCCUCGGUUCUCGUGAUUCCUGGGCGCAAGCACAAAAUAUCCUCAAGCAGAAAAAGUACCAAAAGAUUGAAUUCAAGAAGCAGUUCAACGCGUACAGCGAUAACAUUUAUUACUCGGAUCCAGAUCGGGCUAACCUGUACCUUGGUGGAGGAGCGACGCCGAAAACGGAACAGAGUUUAGCAUACUUGCUGCGCAACGAUAUUUUGACCAAUGUGGAAGCUUUGCAGUCCGAAAUCGAAUAUCUAUUGAAGGAACCGAGCGAGUCGUCGGAAGAUUUGGUCUUGUACGCUACUACGGCGAAUCGGGCGAUGAAGCGAUACAUGGGGAUAGUACCUCCUGGGGAGCUGGUAAAAGCAAGAGAACUUAUAAAGUAG